CUCGUGAAUCCGCCAAUUGGUAUUUCGAAACUUCUGUCUCUGUUUGCCUUCCAAUCUGACCAAUCUAUAAUUGUUUCUUGAUUCAAAGGGCUUUCUUUAAAUAUGGGUCCUCACAUUAUCUUAUGAUGAUUAAAUUCUUGUCAUCUUUCACACCAUUCUAAAAUUAGAAAAGCUAUUUAAAGUCUUGUUUUUUUUUUUCUAGCAUCCCAUAAGCUGAAACUGCUAAACAAAGAUGAUAACAGAGAAGCAAGAUUCUGGGUCUCUUGCUCCACUUUUACCUGUGGACCAGAAUCAAUUGUCUGAGGAUGAAAGGUCAGAGGGAGGAUCAAUUUGUGGUGCAAUAUUUAAUAUAUCAACUGGCAUGGUUGGUGCUGGAAUUAUGUCAAUCCCUGCUACUUUCAAAGUUCUGGGUGUAAUUCCAAGUUUUUUUGUUAUUCUGUUAGUUGGAUAUUUUGUUGAGGUGACUGUGGAUUUCCUGUUGAAAUAUACUCAUUCGGGAGAGUCGGAUUCUUAUGGUGGGCUUAUGGCCGAGUCUUUUGGGAAGUUUGGUUCUGUUGCUCUUCAGAUUUGUGUCAUGAUCACUAAUCUUGGUGCCUUAAUUAUUUAUUUGAUCAUUAUUGGGGAUGUGCUCUCAGGAAAUAAUUCUGAUGGAUCAGUGCACUUGGGUACUCUACAGGAAUGGUUUGGCAUCCACUGGUGGACUUCCCGGGCAUUUUCACUUCUUUUUGUUGUGCUUUUUGUCAUGCUUCCGUUGCUCUGUGUUAAGCGCAUAGAUUCACUGAGACAUGCAUCGGCAAUAUCAAUCCUGCUAGCAGUACUGUUUGUAGUCAUAUGCUCGAUGAUGGCAAUACAUGCAAUGUGGGAGGGAAAAACACAAAGGUUACGAUGGGUACCAGAUUUUUCACAUGGAGUUUCCUUUUCUGAUCUGUUCACAACCAUUCCAGUCUUUGCUACUGCCUUUGGAUGUCAUGUUAAUGUUCAUCCGGUAAGAGCAGAGAUGGGAAGGCCAUCUGACAUGACAUCGGCAGUUCGCAUUUCUUUAAUAUUAUGUGUGGCCAUUUACUUUGCUGUGGGAUUCUUUGGCUACCUAUUGUUUGGGGACUCGAUCAUGGCCGACAUGCUGGUCAACUUUGAUCAAGCCUCUGACUCUUUAAUCGGUGCAGUUCUUAACGAUACUGUUCGAUUGAGUUAUGCCAUUCAUCUCAUGCUGGUGUUUCCUGUGAUGAAUUAUUCUCUGAGGGUUAAUGUGGAUGAACUAUUCUUUCCUAAGAGACCUCUGUUGGCCACAGAAACAUUACGAUUCUUUUCCCUUACCUGUGUUUUACUUGCAUUCAUUUAUGGAGCUGCUGUAGCCAUUCCAAAUAUUUGGUACUUCUUUCAGUUCAUGGGAACGACAACAGUCAUGUGCAUCAUGUUCAUAUUCCCAAGCUCAAUUGUUCUUAGAGAUGCUCAUAACAUAUCUACAACUCGGGAAAAGAUAUUGGCUGUAUUGGUGAUCAUAUUUGCCAUUGGGACUAGUUCAGUUGCUAUAUACUCUAAUAUUGCAACUUACAUUGCCAACAAAUGAACAAGUUUUCUGGAUGUCGAAGCAGUCUCAGAAUUAGUUGAUUGGUGUUGUAAGGUGGUUUAAUUAUGUAUAAUGAUCAUCAGAAAAAGUUGUAUUGAGCAUUGGAAAAUCAGCAAAUCAAUGAGAAUGGAAACCAACUUGUAUUUAAUUGAAGCGACAUUGAAUAGCUGGUAGUGUUGGCAGAGGCGGACUCAGGAUUUAAUUUUUAUGGGUUCAACUUUCAGGUUUUAUCAUUGAACCUAUUAUAAUCUUAAAGUUAUGUGUUCAUCGAACCACUGCUUAAGCAUACUAGCAGCUUAACGAUAUAGAUGCCCUCUUUUAGGGUAGGCACAGGAAAAAUGUAUAUGUAUGUUGUUGUUAAUUUAGUUGUUUUGAAGCUCUACUAAAG